AUGGAACAGAAGACCUUCCUAAACGCCUCGAAUGCCACAGACGUGACAAAGUACUUUCCCAGUGAUUUCUACUUUCUAGAUAACGUGGCGCAGGUGUUCGAGCCCCGAGACGCCCUCUCCCCGAACUUAUCUCUGGCUCUCAUCCAGCUGUUCCUGUGGCUCGCCCUCGUGUUCCUCGUGUCGCGGCGGAACGUGUGGCAGAGCGGGAUAUUCAGCAAGGCGAUGGCCCUCCUGACCCUGGCCAUGCUGGUGGCCAUGGUGGCGGUGGGUCUGACCUUUAGGGAGAGCGGAGCGGGUCUCUAUGCCGUCUUUAAGGUGCGGCCGAGCAAUCUGGCGAAACCGGACAUUUGGGUGGAUGCUUUGGGGCAGGCACUGUGGACACUAGGCCCUACUCUUGGCAUCCUCAUCUCCAGAGCCAGCUAUAAACGCUUCAGGGAGAGGGUGAGGCCAUAAUCCUGGCGGCAAA